AUGGCGUGGUUCUGUGCUCAAAUUGCCUACUCUUGUGCACUAAGCCUGAUGCCUGCUCACAUUGUGAUCCAAGGUCAGGAGGACACGGCUGCUUCAAGCCUGGCCUUAUGUCUCUCUCUGGUCUCGGAUGUGUCAGUUGUGUGCAUGUCCAAAAUUGAAUUUCAGGCUGACACAGUUGCAGGCUUUUCCUUGAAGUCCUCUGAAGAAUACCCAAAUGAGGAAGAAGCCCUAGAGUCCAUAGGGAGCAGCGAGGGCUUCAGUGAACUAGAAGAGGAGGAGGAAUGUAAGUAUGGUCGUGUUGAUGGAGGACAAGUUCAUCAAGGUCUCCAGGCAAACCAAGCAGGACCCAAAUUGGCCACUGAUGUAUGUGAAAAGCAACAUGAAGAUAAAAGGACAGAUCUCAAGAAUCUUGGCUCUUCACCUAUCCAACCACCCACUGGUCACAGUCACCCUCAGGGGCACCCUCGACUUCCUCCCAGUCCUCACCUCGCCCUAGUUCCCAGUUUUCCACCUAAAGUGGGCUGUGGCAGUGUGGGUGAAGCGAAGCGCUCCCGCGGGCCCAGCUCUGGGAAGGUGGCCCCUCAUUCACUUCAGAGCAGAUUCAUCAAGAACACCAUGUGUGACCCACCAAGACUUCUGGAGCUGGCUGAGCAGAGCCUGCUGAAGGAUGAGGCCUUGGCCAUCACUGCUCUGGAGGAGCUGCCCAUGGAGCUCUUCCCACCUCUGUUUACAGCAGCUUAUGCAGGGAGACACAGUGAGACCCUGAAGGCAAUGGUGCAGGCCUGGCCCUUCUCCUGCCUCCCUUUGGGGGCUCUCAUGAAGGAAUGGCCGCCUCACCAGGAGACCUUCCAAGCUGUGCUCAGAGGGCUGGAUGCACUCCUUGCUCAAGAGGUUCGCCCCAGGCAGUGGAAACUUCAAGUGCUAGAUUUACGCCAGAAAACACAUCAGGACUUAUACACUCUAUUGGCUGGAACCAGAAAUGAUCUGUGCUCAUUGUCAGAGGCUGCUCAGCCCAUGAAAAAGAAGCAAAAAGUGGGUGGUUCCAAAAUGGGUGCAAAACAGCCUUUGGCUUCUGUGCAGGUGCUCAUAGACCUGAAUUUCAAUAAAGGCAGCCAUGAUGAAUUUCUGUUCUCCCUCAUUGAGAAGGUCAAGCAGAGGAAAGGUUUACUAUAUCUCUGCUGUAAAAAGCUGAGAAUUUUUGUAGUGCCUAUGCAAAAUAUUAAGAUGAUCUUGAAAAUGGUACAACUGGACUCUGUCCAGGAUUUGGAAGUGACCUUUACCUGGAAACUGUCAACUUUGGGGAAGUUCGCUUCUCAUCUGGGCCAGAUGGGUAAUUUACGCAGACUCCUCCUGUCCCACAUCCAAACAUAUCCCUGUACUUCCUCAGAGGAGGAGCACUGUGUCAACCAAUUAAGCACUCAGUUCCUCAGUUUCCGUCACCUCCAGGAGCUGCAUUUGGACUCUAUCUCCUUUCUUCAAGGCCGCCUGCUCUACAUGCUCAGGUGUUUGAAGAGCUCCUUGAAGAUUCUCUCACUCACCAAUUGCUUGCUUCUAGAAUCAGACUUGAUAAAUUUGUCCCAGUGCCCCAGUGUCAGUCACCUAAAGGAACUGCGUCUAAGCAAGGUCAAGCUGAGACCCUCUGAGCCUUGCUAGAGAGUCUCUCCCAUCAUCCAGGACCCCCAUUUUAAUGGCAUCCUGCUUACUCUGAGCCACUGCUUCCAGCUCAAAAGCUUCAGCAGCUAUGGGAAUCCCAUCUCCAUAGCUGUGCUGGGGAACCUCCUGCACUACACAAUUGGGCUGAUCAAGCUAAGCCAAAUGCUGUCUGCCCCAGUGGAAAGUUAUGAGGAUAUGCUUACAGAACUAGAUUUUCAGAGGCCACCUCCUAAACCAAAUUAG